AUGCCAGGCCUUGGGAACGCACACACACACACGGCCCGGUGGCUGCACAGGAGGUACCUUUUUUGCCUAAAGCCAGGCAAAAUGUACCAAUCGCCCACCCGCCGUCGCCAGGUUCAACGGGGGGUGACAGAUAUUAUUACACGGACGGAAUCACCGCGAGGGUUUGGACCGGGCCAGGCUGGGGCAUCCAUGGGAUAUGAGCGGCGGCGGCCGCAAUGGCUAAAUCCGCUGGCUGGCGGGCUGGCUGGCGGGCUGGCUGUGCGAAGCAGCCGGGCCCUGGCUAUAUUACUGCUUUGGCUCCCUAGCGGCAUGGCAUGGCAUGGCAUGGUUUGGCCCAUUUGUCCCGGAUCCGCUGCGCUCCGGAGCCUGCCCUUAUCGCAGGCAUUCACUCCUUCACUCACACACGCACGCACACAGGCACUUUCGCGGGCGGCCUGA